CCUUAUUCUGCAAGCAGCGGCCCGCCCCACCGAGACCGCGUUCUCACCCGACACCGAACCAUUGCUGGGCUCAUGCACCUAGAUGACCCAACACAUCCCACGGAAGCUAAGCCCAUGGCAUGAAUGGGCUCCUAUUUCAGCGGUCCCUGGGCAUUCUGGGGCCGAACGAGUUCGCCCGGAUCCAGACGACAUCGCUGCUGACGUCCUUCUCGGCAGCCCCGCGUCUCCGCUUUGACGGCGGCGAGCGUGCCGUCAGUCAUGCGAGUGGCAGUACUGCGCCCGAACCUGUAAUCGGGGAUACCGGUGGUCAUUGGGCUGAUGCAUCAUCAAGGGUCUCCUUUUGGGCGCACCAGGCCAGUGUCAAUGCUCUCGCCCUGGAACGCUUCGAUGGCCGCAUAUUGAUAUCCGGAGGUUCAGACGCAACCAUCAAGCUCUGGGACCUUGAGCAGGGUCCUCACCACCAGUUACCACAGACUCACACUUACCGCCCCGUUGCCGUGGUUGCCCGGGCGGGCAGCAGCAACCCCUCCGGUCACGGGCCCAGCUCUGCCGCCGCCGGCCACCGCUUCGGCAUCACCCACCUAUCCUUCUACCCCUUCGACAGCGCGGCGUUCCUAUCCAGCUCCCACGACCAGACACUAAAGCUCUGGUCCACCGAGACCGCCUCCGUCUCCGGCACCUUCCAUCUCGGCGCAAGAGUCUAUACGCACGCCACCUCUCCCAUAGCGUCCCACCUCCUUGUCGCCUGCGGGACCCAACACCCCGCCGUGCGCCUCGUCGACCUGCGCUCCUCCUCCGCCGUGCAAUCGCUCGUCGCCCCUGGCCAGAUCGGCGGUUCUGCCGGCGCAGCCCUAUCCGUCGCCUGGUCGCCGGCCCACGCCCACGUGCUGGCCUCGGGCUCCGUCGAUGGCGCAAUCCGCAUUUGGGACGUGCGCCGAUCCAACGCCCUCGUCGCGCUCCUCGACCAGGAGGACAUCACCGGCCUCCCCCCCAUCACCACCACCAAGGACAACACACCCCGAGCGCCGCCGCGCCUCUCAGCCAAAGCCCACACGGGCCCCGUCAACAGCCUCACCUGGACCGACGAUGGGUCCUACCUCGUCUCAGCAGGCCACGACGCACAGAUCCGCGUUUGGGACGCGGCCACGGGUGCCAACACGCUCGCCAACUUCGGCCCUACGAUCCGCAAUAGCAGCAGCAGCAGCAGCCAUCAUCAUCACCAUCAGAUGGGGGCCCACCACCUGAGCAUGUUUGUCUCGCCCGUGGGACUCACCCCCCCCCGAAAUGAACUGCUCUUUUUCCCGAACGAGACCGAAAUUCUGGUCAUGGACUUACACGAGGGGAACAUUGUUACUCGACUUAGGCAAGGAGGGAUGAUGAUCGGCCCGGCUGUUGCGAGUUCGGAGAUGACGUCAAGAGGCGAGGAGAGAAGCGUUAGGAAUCGGGUAAUGAGCAUUGUUUGGAGAGGGGCUGGCGGCGGAGGCGACUCGAGUGGUGUGGUCAUGGGAGGGAGUAACUCCCCCGGCGGCAUGUUCAGCGGACAUUCGGACGGGCAAAUCAGGGCCUGGAUCCCGCGACUCGAAGGCGUAGACAAAGAAGCAGAAGACGGGUCUGCCCAAGAAGAUGAGACAAUGAAGUCAAAAAAGAGAAAGGUUCUUGACGACGCCUACCGAACUUUGAUGGGGCGGCAGAUUACGUUUUGCUGAAGGAUAGAUACUUGGUGGUAAGUACACGAUCAAUCACAAACAACCAGGACUCAGACUUUAAUGUUCGACAAGUUCUUCAUUUUUAAGAGCCUUGAUACUCUUCGUCAAUCUUAUCUCGAGGAUGAUUGGGUAUGAGUUAAUAGUACAAUUGAGUGCAACGCCGCGACAAAUGAGACCCUUCAUAACUCAUACAUUCUACCCAGUUACCGUCCAUCCGAGGAAAAAAAUAAAAUCAGACACCACUGAAUGUCUCCUGAGGAGUCUUGGUGCUGUG